AUGGGUAUCGAUUUAGACCGUCACCAUGUGCGCGGCACCCACCGCACCGCGCCCAAGAGCGAUAACGUCUACCUUCAGCUCUUGGUGAAGCUGUAUCGCUUCCUUGCUCGCCGCACGGAUUCGAACUUCAACAAGGUCAUUUUGCGCCGCCUCUUCAUGUCCCGUAUCAACCGCCCUCCAAUUUCCCUUUCUCGCCUGGUGCAAAUCAUCAAGAAGGACAAUUCGGAAGAGUCGAUUAGCAACAAGACCAUUGUCAUUGUCGGCACCAUUACCGAUGAUGAGCGCCUGCUCACUGUUCCCAAGAUGUCGGUUGCCGCGCUCCGGGUCACUGCUACUGCCAGAGCCAGAAUCGAAAAAGCCGGUGGUGAGAUCUUGACUCUGGAUCAGCUCGCUCUUCGCGCUCCUACUGGCGCAAACACCAUUCUGCUCCGAGGAAAGAAAAACUCUCGGGAAGCUGUCAAGCACUUUGGAUUCGGCCCUCACAGCGGAAAGAAACCCAAGGUUGCCAGCAAAGGCCGAAAAUUCGAAAGAGCUCGUGGACGGAGACGAUCGCGUGGCUUCAAGGUCUAA